AUGGGGACUGCAUGGUCUCGCUUCCGCUUUUACUGGUUCGGGCGGAAACCUUGCCGGAUCCUUAUGGUUGGUCUCGACAAUGCUGGAAAAACCACCGUUCUAUACAAGCUCAAACUUGGAGAAAUUAUCACUACAAUCCCAACAAUUGGAUUCAAUUUGGAAACCGUGGAAUAUCGCAAUGUCUCGUUCACUGUUUGGGAUGUUGGUGGACAACAACGGAUCAGAGCCCUUUGGAAGUACUAUUUCCGUGAUACACAGGCCAGUGGUAAUGCUAACAAUACUGUGGCAAUAAUCUUUGUCGUCGACAGUGCUGACGUUGACCGGAUGGAUGAGGCCCGAAACGAGAUUCAUUCUCUUGUCCAAGAUACUGAACUGCACGGCUAG